AUUGCUGGACUCUCUAUGGGCCGGUUUAGUAGAACUCGAAUUUCCUGAAGGCGAGCUCCUUCUAAAUGUUCUCGUUCCAUGUCAGCAAUAUUUCGAGAGCUAGUGUUCCGUUAGCUGAAAUGAUUCCGUCAGGACACCUCAGCUCCUGGAGUCCUGUCGCUUCAGUGGCUCGAUCUGAACUGAACUGAUCGAACUGAACUUAUAGCCCCGAGAGAGUGAAGAUGUAAGAUUUUGUACAGAAUCGAUCAGUGUCGUCCCUGUUUGCAGUGCAAGAAGGUGAGAGAACUUCGCUUUCCGCCAUAUUGCUAGUCUUUCUCGAGGCUGCCUGCCCAGCCAGACCAGACCGUUCGAGAGUCUACAGAAGAGUUGCAAAUUCGGUGAAUUCUCUGGCUUUCGGCUGUCUCGUUGCCUCCAUUUCGCAGUCAAGUGGGCUUCGAAGGAGAUCCCCGGGCGUUUACAAUGAGAAUCGACGACUUGGGUGAACGCUUGAAGAUGGCGCAUAUAGCUGCAAAUGGUGAACACCAAAGUAAUGAUGCUCCAGAAUCGGCAGGGGCUAAAGAGUCCAGUACAGAAGAAAAGGGUGCCCCAGAACAAGGUCCUACAGGGCAUUCUAUGCUGGCUCCAUUUACGUCGGGUUCACAACAAACCGAUCUCCAUCCUUUGGUCAUUACUCGAUCCGAGGGAGUAUACAUCUAUGACAACAAGGGUAAAAAGUAUUUGGACGCACUUGCUGGGCUGUGGUGCACUGCUUUGGGUGGUAAUGAAAAGCGCCUAGUCGAAGCUGCAUAUAAGCAAUUGAAUGCUUUGCCGUUUUACCAUUCAUUUUGGAACCGUACAACCGAGCCCUCACUGAAAUUGGCGGACGAGUUGGUUGAUCUGUUCAAACCGGUAAAGAUGGCGAAGGUCUUCUUUACUAAUAGUGGUUCUGAGGCUAAUGACACUCAGGUUAAGUUGGUAUGGUACUACAACAACCAUAGAGGGAAGCCCGAGAAGAAAAAAUUUAUUGCUCGUGAGAAAGCGUACCAUGGAUCAACUUUGGUGACAGCGAGUCUCUCAGGGUUGGCAAAUCUUCAGAAAGGAUUUGACUUACCCGAUGCUUUUCCUUAUGUUCUGCGCACUGAUUGUCCACACUACUGGCGCAAUCAUUUACCAGGAGAAAGUGAAGAAGACUUCGCAACAAGGCUAGCUGACAAUCUGGAAAAGCUUAUUCUUAAAGAAGACCCAAACACAAUAGCGGCGUUUAUUGCCGAGCCAGUCAUGGGCGCUGGUGGUGUUAUGCCACCACCUGCUACUUAUUGGGAUAAGAUUCAACCAAUUCUGAAGAAGUAUGACAUCCUUCUCAUAGCUGACGAGGUUGUUUGCGCAUUCGGGAGGUUGGGAACAAUGUUCGGAUGUGAGAAGUACAACAUCCAACCAGAUCUUGUCAGCAUAGCGAAGGCUUUGACUUCGGCAUAUGCACCUCUUGGGGCUGUCAUGGUGAACCAAAAAGUGUGGGAUGAGGUCUCAGCGUUCAGUGACAAACUUGGACAAUUUGGUCAUGGUUUUACGUACUCAGGGCAUCCGGUGUCAUGUGCUGUUGCUUUGGAGGCCAUUAAAAUUUACAAGGAAAAGAAGAUAGACGAGUACGUUGCAUCGGUGGCCCCAACAUUUCAGGAUGGCAUGAGAACACUAAAAGAUAGUCCUAUCAUUGCCGAAAUUCGCGGCACAGGACUUAUCAUGGCAGUGGAAUUUGGAGACAAGGACCCGAAAAAGCCUUUUCCAGCAUCUUGGGGUAUUGGAUCGUACUUUGGAGCCGAGUGUGCAAAGUUAGGUUUGUUGGUUCGUGUAUCUGGAGAUAUCAUCAUGAUGUCUCCCACUCUUAUCAUAACAACUGAUGAGCUGAAAGAUUUUAUUCGCAUGUUUGGGGAGGCUGUGAAGAUCACGGAGCAACACGUGCAGGAAUUGCAAGCAAAGCAAUAGAAAUGUCGGCACAUUGUACAGAUGGUAAAUGAAAGGUGUUAUCCAGCGUCGCAUCUACGCACAUCACUCAAUUGAUGUGUAUUCAAAACUUGAAUGAUGUGUGAAGGAGGCUUCUUAUGAGAGUAUAUCUGUAGGGAGAAAGUUCAAGUAAGAUGAAAAACUUCUUCAAUGUAACGCAAGAGCUAUUUGAACCUCAUCUCCAUGUGGAUAUUGUAAUAAGGAGAGUUCAAAUGUGGUAAAUGUUUCAAAGUCAUGCAAAAGCGGUCGUGGUACAAUCUCGCCUUCUGUCUUGAACUCUAAUAUGUUUUUCCAACUGACUGGAAAUGUUAGUGCAGGACACAACAGUGUGAUUUCAAUCUAUUGAAUCUUAGAUGGAAGUCUGCGGAAAGUAGAUUUAUCUUUUCUGACCUCAUCUAUUCUAUGACCUCGUCUUUGAGUUUUACAUGAACGAUACCCUAUCAUCCGAGAAUUAUAUGCUUAUGCUUUACCUGCGAAGAUUGUAACUUCUGAAGCUUUUUGUGGUGAUCUGGUCCAAAUCUUCCACUCUCUGUUUUCACCAACAAUCGAAACACAUCGGUUUCCGGCUUUUUUUUCCUUC